AUCUCUGAAGAAAAAAGAAAAGUAAAGUAAAGUAGCCGCCUCAUCCUCCUCGUCUCUUCUCGUUAGCUCUCUCAAUGAGGAGCCCGAUUUAGGGUUUCCUCCAUUGGUUAUAUCAAUUCGAUCAUCUCCACAAAGCUCUCGAAGACUCUUUCGGUGAUCUCAUCUUCUUCUUCUUGUUUAGCCUCCUGGAGGUUACUUUGUUUGUUACUAGUUCCAAAACAUGCCGAAAGAGAGGAAAGAACGGUCCGUAUCUCUUGAUAAGUAUAAACGAUCGCCACUGUGUUGUGAGGCAAGCCUUGCUUUGAAGCCGAGUGAGAAACAAGUUAAGGAAUGGGAAGAGGCUCGUUGUCCUGUUUGUAUGGAACAUCCUCACAAUGGGAUUCUUCUCAUUUGUUCUUCUUAUGAAAAUGGUUGUCGACCUUACAUGUGCGACACUAGCCAUCGGCAUUCUAACUGUUUCGAUCAGUUCCGCAAAGCUUCUAAAGAGAAACCUUCUUUGUCUUUACUUCGUGAGGAAGAGGAAAGUAAUGAACCAACUGAGAUGGAAGAUGUGGAUUCAGACUCAACUGCUGUAAAUCUAUUAGGAGAAGCUGCAUCUGAGAUAACAGUUGUGGAUUUAAGUGAUGGUGAGAGAGGAGAAGAAGAAGUAGAAGAAGAAGAAGAAGAAGUAGUAGUAGAAGAAGAAGAAGAAGGAAUUGUAACAACAGAAGAAGAUCAAGAAAAAAACAAACCACAAAAGCUUACUUGUCCGUUAUGUCGUGGACAUAUAAAAGAAUGGGUAGUUGUUAAAGCAGCUCGAUGUUUCAUGAACUCAAAACAUAGAAGCUGUUCUUGUGAGACUUGUGAUUUCAGUGGAAGCUAUUCCGAUCUGAGAAAGCACGCAAGGCUUCUACAUCCAGGAGUUAGGCCAUCAGAAGCAGAUCCAGAGAGACAGAGAAGCUGGAGGAGGCUAGAAAGGCAGAGCGAUUUAGGGGAUUUACUUAGCACACUCCAAUCUUCUUUUGGAGGAGAUGAAAUAAGUAACGAUGAUGGGUUUCUAUUUGCUGAUACUCGCUUGCUUACAGUGUACUUUCUCAUCCGCGUGUUUAGACCAGAAUCGAGUGGCUCAAGGAGUAGUAGCUGGUCUGGUACAUCUAGAGCUAGGACACAUACAAGUGGGAGAAGAAGAUCUUCAAGACCUGCAAGUCUUUGGGGAGAGAGCUAUGAAGGUAAUACAGGAACAUCACCUAGAGAUGAGGAGAAUAAUCAAUCUUCUGAUGAACAAGUGUCUGGAACUCGGAGACGUCGUUCUAGAAGAAGAACUGUCAUUGAUGAUGAUGAUGAAGAAGAAGAACCGUGAUGCUCUGCAGUUUGGAAAUUUGGUCUUUGGAGUUUAUGAUAAAAUGGGGGAAACCUUGUAGUAAUAACCCCACUUAUGAAACCCUAUUAUGUAAAAUUUCUUUGGAGAUUGAAAAAAGUUUCUACUAUUGGGAAACAAAAUGUUCAAUAUUUCAUUACCGUUUAAAUAUCUUUUUG